CUAUCUCAGAUUUUAUCACUCGAAGUCUCGAACUACGUUCAUCUAGUAGCUUCACCACCAAAACCAUCAUUUAGGAAUCUGCAAAGAGAGAAAAUGGCGAUGUCUUACGAGCAAGAGCACCCUAAGAAGGCAUUUGGAUGGGCUGCAAUAGAUUCAUCUGGUGUUCUCUCUCCUUUCGGUUUCUCCAGAAGGGCAACUGGAGAGAAAGACGUGACGUUCAAAGUGUUGUACUGUGGGGUUUGCCAUUCGGACCUUCACAUGGUCAAGAACGAAUGGGGCUUCUCUACUUAUCCACUAGUUCCCGGGCAUGAGAUUGUUGGGGAAGUGACGGAAGUAGGCAGCAGCGUACAAAAAUUCAAAGUUGGAGACAAAGUCGGUGUUGGAUGCAUGGUGGGAUCUUGCCGAUCUUGUGAUAGUUGUACCGACCACCUUGAAAACUACUGCGCCAAACAUAUACAAACCUACGGUUCCAAGUACUAUGACGGAACCACCACCUAUGGCGGUUACUCCGACAUCAUGGUGGCCGAUGAGCACUUUGUAGUCCGCAUCCCGGACAACCUACCUCCUGAUGGUGCUGCUCCACUCCUAUGUGCCGGGAUUACAACCUACAGCCCUUUGAGAUAUUUUGGACUUGACAAGCCCGGCAUGCAUGUUGGUGUGGUUGGCCUUGGCGGUUUAGGCCAUGUCGCGGUGAAGUUUGCCAAGGCUAUGGGAGUGAAGGUCACAGUGAUCAGUACGUCCCCUAAGAAAGAGGAGGAAGCUAUUAAACACCUAGGAGCGGACUCCUUUUUGGUUAGUCGUGACCAAGAGCAAAUGCAGGCUGCCAUUGCAACCAUGGAUGGGAUCAUUGACACAGUUUCUGCACACCAUCCUCUUCAGCCUUUGAUUGCUCUGUUGAAGUCUCAUGGAAAGCUAGUUAUGGUUGGUGCACCGGAGAAGCCUCUUGAGCUUCCUGUUUUUUCUUUGCUCAUGGGUAAGAAGAUGGUAGCUGGUAGCGGCAUUGGAGGUAUGAAGGAAACACAAGAGAUGAUUGAUUUUGCAGCCAAGCACAAUAUAACGGCAGACAUUGAAGUUAUCCCGAUCGACUAA